AUCCCUCAUAUUUACAUGACUGCCAUUCCUCCCUCCAACCACAAAUAUUACCGAAUUGCCAUCCCUUCUCAAUAUAAGACAUCUUCAGCUCUCUCUCUCUCUCUCCGAGAAGCCAAAACCAUGGGUGCUGAAAACAAAUCCAACUCCAACUCUAACAACAGGAAUAACAAGAAGAGGAAGCAGAGAUACCUUCCUCACAACAGAUCGGUGAAGAAAGGUUCGUACCCUUUACGGCCCGGGGUUGAAGGCUUCUUCAUCACUUGUGAUGGAGGAAGGGAAAGGCAAGCAACCCAUGAAGCAAUUAAUCUGCUCGAUACUUUUUAUGAAGAGCUGCAUGGAAAAGAUUCAGGUCCGAAGCAUGUGACGGCAUCCAGCAAACCCUUGAACAAAAUAACGAAAUUCACUGAUUCUGAUUCUGAUUCUUCUGGCAGUGAUGAUGAGUCGUAUCCUAAUAAAGAAGAUACAGACCAUGAAAAUAAGGCAGAUGAAUUUGAGGACACUCCAGCAAAGAAACAAAGUCCAGAGAAGGAGGAAGAAAAUCAAGCAGAUGAAAAUGAGUUUGCUCCAGUAAAGGAACAAAGACUGGAGACAGACCAUGAAAAUCAAGCCGUUGAAACUGAGGACAUACCAGCAAAGAAGCAAGGUCUAGAAACUGACCAUGAAAAUCAAUCAGAAGAAACUGUGGACCCUCCAGCAAAGAAACAAAGACUGGAGACAGACGGUGAAAAUGAAGCAGAUGAAACGGAGGGCAAGGCAUUGAAGAAGCAACAUCUGGAGAGCGGUACAGUGAAAUGUGAAAAUGCAGGCUCUGAAAAAACCGAAGAGAAGUCCAUUGAUCAGCUAAUCGAAGCUGAACUCGAAGAGUUGGGAGAUCGGAACAAGAGGCAUUUUGUUAGCCUUGAUUUGGGUUGCAAUGGUGUCAUCUUCAUUCAAAUGCAUAAAAGAGCCGGGGAACCUGGACCUACUGAAAUUGCACUGCACAUGAUGAAGUCAGCUGCUGCCACGAGGAAACACAUGUCUAGAUUCAUCCUGAGGCUGUUACCAGUCGAAGUGACAUGCUAUGCAUCAGAAGAGGAAAUUUCAAAAGCAAUCAAACCUCUUAUUGAUCGAAAUUUUCCAACUGAAGCUCAGACACCUCAAAAGUUUGCAGUGUUAUUUGAAGCCCGAGCAAACACUGGUAUUGAAAGGAUGAAAAUCAUAAAUUCAGUUGCAAAAUCUGUUCCCCCGCCACAUAAAGUGGAUCUUAGCAACCCAGAUAAGACAAUUAUUGUUCAAGUUGCCAAGACCAUGUGCUUGGUGGGGGUGGUUGAAAAAUACAAGGAGUUGUCGAAAUUCAACCUGAGGCAGCUGACAUCUCCAAAACCGUAGUCUGAACCCUCGAGAGCAAACACGGAGUUUUUCCGGAGGUAUCCUUCACAGGCUUCUAUAUUUAUGCUUGUAACAGUACAUCUUUGAAGUACUUGACGUUGUUGCUGAAGACGAAAAGUCGUGGAAAUAGACUUGAACUUGAGAGAUGACCGCGCAACGACUUGAUAAGAAAAUUUUGUUAAUUUUUCCAUUAAUAACUGAUACUGUUUGAUUAAAUCAGAAAUUUCUAGGGUUAACAUAUUCCCUCAUGAGAAAUAAUUUGA